CAGAGGUUAUUUCCAAAAUGGCGGAAAUCGAAAUAAGCGUGCGGUCGUACGUGAAGCUCGUUCUUCACGCGGCCAAAUACCCGCACUGCGCCGUCAACGGCGUGCUCCUGGCUGACAGGAAGAGAUACAAGGACGACAAGAUCGUGUGUGUAGUGGAAUGUGUGCCGCUGUUUCACCUAGCGCUGGGGUUGGCGCCCAUGUUGGAGGUCGCUUUGUCACAGAUUGAUGCCUACUGUGAGCAGAACAAGUUGAUCAUCGCAGGGUACUACCACGCGAAUGAGCACGUCAAGGACUCCAGCCCAAAUGCCAUUACACACAAAGUCAUGGAGAGAAUAUGUGACAACUUCAAUGAUGCAUCAUUAUACAUGGUUGACAACACUAAAAUGACUCCUGACAUGGAAGAUGCUGUGUUCAGAGUGUACGCUUUACAAGAAGGCAAAUUCAAGGAGAGAAAUCCAGACAGCAUCACGUUAGACGAGCAGUGUCUAUCGGCUGCAUCUGGACUCCUGAACCAGAAAGUUUUUAGGAACAUGGUGGACUUUGACAACCACCUGGAUGACAUCACACAAGACUGGCUCAACAACCACCUGAAUGAAGUUAUAGAAAUCCACAGUUGGUAGCUGUACUACAAGGAAAGAAGCUUGAGGAGAGGACACGAGAAAUUUGUUCUCUACUGUGUACAGAGUAACACAUACUGUUCAGUAACAUGCUGUUGGUAGGAUACUGACAGAACUACACUCAAGUUACAGUAGACUGGAAAAUGGAUGGUCAUGGACAAACAAAACACUUUUAUACAGACCUUCUGCCCUUUGAAUACUUCUCAAGGGAAAAUGUGUUUAAAGUAACUAUGAAGAGACCAUAAGCCAAUGAAUAUGGAAAGGACAUAAUUAUUAAUCUGUUCUAGCAUUGUCUUUAUUAGCUUGCGACAGGCUAUAGUUGUAGAAAAGGAACAUGUCUUAAAGAGAAAUUUUCUACCUGUAUAUGAUCCAAUUGCAUGUGUAAACUGAUUAAAUGCAAAAUGUAUAUGGCAUGUCUGAAAAAUUGCAAUAAUCAAUUACUGGGUAUUUGGUUAAAUUAAUACUUUGUAAACAUUAAAAGGACAUUGUGAUUUGAUGGUAUGACAUAGCAAUGUUGAAUGUCCAGGACCUAUAUACGUGUUAUAUUUAUUACAAGUGAUAGGUUUGUCUUGGUACAUAUCCCUCCUUACUGUUAAUCCCCUUUAGUCUAUCCAGUAGAAAUUUAUGCUGUCUAUGUAACACCUUGUUUAAAGGCCAAUCCCAAAAUUGUUCAUGUGAAUUCAAUAUGGUACUACAACAAA